AUCAACAGGCAAUGAAACCUUUAUACCUGGCAGAAUAAAACUGAAUUCAAAUACGAUGCCUUUUCCAGAAAAGAUAGUUGACCUACAGAUGAAUAUCACAUUCAGUAAAGGAAUGAACAAAGGUGUUGGGUUUGUUCUCUAUAAUAGCGACCAUUUCUUUCCGUCACACAGCUUUAAACCUUCUCUGAAUACCAAGAGAAGAGUUUUCUCUGCUAACCUGUUUGAAAAUGGAUCAGACCCCAUGGAAGUUCAGUUUUCAGUCAAACCAUUGAAUGAUUCCACGAUGUCCCUGGACGACUUUGCAUGCGUGUUUUGGAGUUACAGCGAAAACGACUGGAGUACAGAAGGCUGCACGAAAGAGAGUUUCUCGGGUCACGCACAGUGCACCUGUACACCUGAUCGACGUGAAAAUAAUUUCAACUUAAAUAAGAACUUUGCAGUCCUGAUGUCUUUCAAUAUAAACUAUCAGUAUUCAGAAGCAUUAAACUGGAUCAGCAUUACCGGCUGUACUCUUUCUAUAUUGGGUCUGGCUGCCACAGCAGUUUACCAAAUUGCAACCAGGAAGUCAAGGGGAUGCAGCCCGACUCUGCUUUUGGUGAACAUCUGCUUGAGCAUGAUGAUUUUCUAUCUUCUCUUCAUCUUUGGCAUAAACAACCCUGUCAUACAUACAGAAGUGACUAAUGUUUCAGCAGAAAAUCUCAUUCUUGUGUCAGAUUAUCAUCAAUACUCUGACGAGGGUCCUUGUACAGCAUUUACAGCCUUGAUUCAUUACUUCUUGUUGGCCGCAUUCACUUGGAAUACUCUGUAUGGAAUGAAUGUGUUCCUCCUCUUCAAAACAACCACUGGAACACCUCCAUGGUUUCCCAAGGUGUCCCCAGCCCUCGGCUGGGGGUUUCCUGCCAUCAUUGUUGGUAUCACACUGGGUUCUACUUACAGAGUCAACAAACCUUUAGAUUAUCGACAAGAAGAGUUUUGCUGGCUGGCUUUCUUGGACCCCAAACAGAAUUUCGAUAUGAGGAAGCCAAUGUUCUGGGGAUUUCUGCUUCCUUUGGUUGUCAUGCUGAUCUCCAACAUGGCAAUAUUGCUGUAUUUCGCUCAGAACAUCUGCAAGACGAUCCCUAAUUUAAACAGUUCACGUCAAACUCCUCUAAAGAAGAAGUUUCUGAGUAGUUUUUCUCUGGCUGUGAUGCUUGGUCUAUCGUGGGUCACUGGUUACAUUUUGCUUUUCACCCAUGAACCAACUCUCCAGCUCAUCCUGAGCAUAGUUUUUUGCUUCUGCAACACAACACAGGGCAUACAAAUAUUUAUUUUAUUCACUUUGAGAUCCGUAAUAAACUCAAAUCCAGCCAUUCUCAAGGGCAAGGCCAUGAAUGCACCCAACAUUGGCAUUCACAGGAAAGUGUUCUUCCUAUGGAAAUUUAAGGCAGAAGAUAGCAAUGAAAUCUACACACGCACUGAUGCUGACUCCGCUGAGAUGUCUGAGGUCAUCACUGGUAAUAACUGGAUACAUAUGUAAUGUAUCAUGCUAAUAUAUCAAGUAUGC